UUAGGAAUAUACACGGAAAAUAUUUUCCAUUUUUCUAUCACCUUUCUCUAAUUUUAUUUUUAAAAAUAUAUUAUUACAACAUAUACGCAUCAUAAUAACUUGGCAGAUAUGAAUUUAUUGCCAAAAUCUAAAGAGCAAUUUAGUCAAAAAGAAUAUUGGGAUGCAUUUUUUAACAAGAGAGGGAAUAAAGCAUUUGAAUGGUAUGGAGAAUAUCCAGAAUUGUCUGAACACUUGCAUAAAUAUAUUAAAAAACAAGAUAAUAUCCUUAUUGCUGGCUGUGGAAAUUCUACUGUAGGUAGAGACUUAUAUGACAUAGGUUACAACAAAGUGACUAACGUUGAUAUUUCUCAAGUAGUUAUUAGACAAAUGUUGUCUCAAACUGAAAAAGAGAGGCAAAAUUUAAAAUAUAUUCAAAUGGAUGUUUUGAAUAUGUCUUUUGAGAAUGAAGAAUUUAGUGUAGUUUUAGAUAAAGGCACACUUGAUGCAUUAAUGCCAGACGACUCUGCAGAAACUUUAGGGAAAAUUCACAAGUACUUUGAGGAAAUAAAAAGAGUUCUUAAAGUUGGAGGAAGAUAUAUUUGCAUAUCAUUAUUACAAGAACAUAUUUUGAAGUACAUUUUAGAAUACUUUCCUUCUAAUAAUUUUAUGUUUAGGAUAGUUAGAUGUUUCGAAGCAGAAAUGAAAGCUAGUGAAAAUAAUGAAAACUCAUUACCAGUGUUUAUAAUUAUUUGUACAAAAUUUAAAAUAUCACAAAAAGUUUUAGAAUUAAAUUUAGGAUCAUUAGAUAAAAUGCAAAGGUGCAAUACUGAGUCUGAAGUUAUAUCUCAGAUUUUAAGUACCCAGAAUGUUUCCUUUAUAUGCUCAGGUUUAAAAAAGACUUCCAUAGCUGAUGAAAGUGAAGUUGUAUUAGAAUUAUAUGAGCAAGGAUCCACACAAUCUCGUUUUACAGUUUAUGUAGUCGAUAUCCCUCCACAAUCUAGCCAUUCUCAGUAUGCAGCAUUUAUUGUACCAGAAGGAAGAGAAGCAGAAUGGUUAUUUUCUACAGCAAACGGAAGGAAAAAAUUGGUAGAAAUAACCAAAUAUAAUAGGUUAGCUAUUGUUACACUUCACAGAGAUCAAAAAUAUGAAUCUUUUGAGGCUGUUCAAACAGAGUUGUCAAAUGUCGUUUGUAAUCUAGCACCAGCUCAGUUGAAAAAUAGAAAGAUAGCAUUCUUGUCUCUAGGAUCUGACGUAGGCCACCGAAUAGUAAGGUACAAAGGGUGCUCUAAGUUAUCAGGGGAGUAUAUAAUAGAAGAUGUGGUCACUGAAAACCAAGAAAAAUAUCGUAGAUUAUUCUAUCUCAGCUCUCAGUUGGUAAUACAAUCCGAAGCCAAACUGAGAUCCAUCAAAACGAGAAAAGGGGCCGUAAAAGAAGUAGUGGAUCUGAUUUAUUUAACAUGCAGGCACCACGUUUAUAUGGCCUUGGCGACGCGCGCGGCUUGUAGGGAAAACAACAAAGCCAAUGUAGCGGUCAUAGGAUUGGGUGGAGGUGGACUUUGUUCGUUUUUACAUAAAUUUCUGCCGAAAAUUAACAUUUUCGGGAUUGAUAUUGAUGAAGAUAUGUUAAAAAUUGCCACAGAAUGGUUCGAUUUUAAGGAAAAUGACAAGCUUAAAGCUAAAAUUGAGGAUGGUGUCGUGUGGUUGAAGCAGCUUGCUGAAAAGGGAGGUGCAUUAGAGGCUGUACUUUUUGAUGUAGACAGUAAAGACUCUUCUAUUGGUAUGAGUUGUCCUCCAAAACAGUUUUUAGAAGAGACAGUUCUGGACAGUGUUGUUAAACUCAUCGGAAAUACUGGCAUAUUCAUAUUGAAUGUCGUUCUGAGGGACAACUCGCUCAGGCCAGUUGUAUUAAAUGGUUUAAAAGACCGUUUCCAGUCAAUAUUUAGCUACAAAUUACAAGAAGACCUAAAUGAAAUAUUUAUUUGUACAAAUAAUGCUCUUAAUGUAGAUUAUUUAAAAGAAGCAUCUUCGGAGUUGAAUUCGUUUUUCAAAAAACACAAUAUAAGCGAAAAUGGUGUUGACACGCAAAAAUUCAUGAAGUCAUUGGUUACUCAAUCUGUUUUUAUUUAAUAAAAUAGAAUUUGUUUGUACAUAAAAUAUUAUAAUAAAUAAAAAAUACAUAUAGUUAUAGUAAAAUUGUCAUGUUAUAUAUUGUCUUUAACAUUAAAACUUUUUUAAUUUUCUCCACGUGUAUUUGUUAAUGUGAAGUCCAUCAAUAACAUUGUACUGGUAACACAAAAAA